UAGUGCAUUCCUACUGAACAAGCAGUUUUUUCGAUCCUACAGAUUCCCUUAUGUCAAGUUCAAGGCAUCGUAGCUAUCAGGAAGAACCUGUUCCUGAGAGAAGAUCUCGCUUCUCCCGUGAUUCGGCUACUAAUGAACGACCCAGAGAAUCUCGGACAUAUCGAACAAACGACAGAUCUUUAAGCCCACCUGCUUAUAGAGACCGCUCUUUUCAUAAUAAAGAAAGUGAAAGAUACACCUACAAGCCAUCUUUGGAUCCAGUGGAAGCAGCUGCCGCAGCUGCUAAACGUGUAGCAGAGUCAUUGCAAUCUGGUCGUUCCUUCGAUGAAGACAAUAGUGCUAAACAAGUACAAAACUCGGAGAGCUCUGUUCCACUUCCCAAUGCACCUGCUCCACCUCUUCCUCCUAAUUCUCAGUCUGGGUUAAAUGAUGUGGUACCUCCUUCUAUAGCAGAUAUAACCGGGAAAGUUAUUGAAGGCGAAGGAGUUUUUACGAUUAACGUUGAGAUUAAUAAUGUUAAAAAUCGUUAUAUACUCGUAAAAUCAUCCACGUUGUCUGAAAUUGAACAUAAAAGUGGAGUUCAAUUGUAUUCAAAAGGCCGCUAUUAUCCAAACAAAGCAUUAGCUUCUGACCGAGACCCUCCUCUAUACCUUCAUGUGGUAGCAAGCUCUGCAGAAGAUUUGUCAAAGGCCCUAGCCGAAAUAGAGUCUUGGAUACUUAAAGAUAUUGGACCACUCGUAGAUGAGAGAAGGUUUCGAAGACGAGAUGAAAUGGAUCGUAACCCAUCUCAAGGUGCAUCUCCUCAGGAAAAUUCAAGUCCAAACGAACAUCAAGGAAUACGUAAACGAUGGAAUGAAGAAAAAGUUUAUAUUAACCUGACUCCUAUCAAAGGUUUCCAUCUUCGUCAGGCAGUGGUCGGUCCUCAAGGUGCUUAUGUAAAACAUAUCCAGCAAGAAACUCGUACUCGAGUACAAAUAAAAGGACAAGGAUCUGCUUUUAUUGAACCUUCUACUAACCGAGAAUCUGACGAACCUUUACAUCUGUGUAUAAUGAGCCACGAUAUGAACAAUAUUCAAAAAGCAAAACCAUUAUGCGAGGAUUUGAUUGCGAAUGUACAUCAACAAUACCAGGCUUGGAAAAAUCAAUACAGAGAAGGCGGUCAAGGAUCACAAGCUUAUAAGCAGUCCAAUCGUAGUCAUUACUCCAACCGCUCAUCCAAAGCAGAAACACCCAGCAAUCAUGGGACUCCACCAAUGACCAAUGUAUCACCUGCUGCUAACUUUAACGCCCCUUUGUCAUCUACGUCUGUUGUUCCACCUGGCACUUCAGUUACAGCAGCAGGCUACCCUCCAGGUAUGUCUCCUGCAGUUCCCAUGAUCUCGCCAAGUAUGCCGUAUGUGUACGGGGCACCUGGAAUGUCAGGACCACCAGGGAUUGAUGCCCCGGGUGUUGGUAUUCCAGCUAUGUCCGCGCCUGGAGCAGAUCCAUAUGCAGCUUUCGGGGGCUACAAUGCCUAUGUUCAGUAUUACCAACAACAAAUAUAUGCUCAAAGUCGUGGGGCAAAUCCGCCGCAAUAACUGAAAAGGUGGGAUUAGUUUGGUGCUUGGGCAAUGGACGACUAUCGUAGUGAAAAGUGUUUUCUACGUUAUCUUGAAAAAUACAUUCGUUUUUUUUUUGAAUUUAGUGUCGAUGUUUCUUUGUUUAGUGUUUAAUGUAAUGAUUCGUCUAAUCGAUUUACAAGUGGGAGCGAUUAAACAAUAUUCUUAAGAAAAUAUCUGGUCAACAGCGACAAUAAUUUAUAAAUUAGGGAUACAGAAAAGAAAUGUAGCUCUAUUUUUAUGGUGCAUUUUCUUUAGCUUGUGCGCGGACGCGCCUUUCGUAUUCUAUUUUGUCUUUUCUAGUUUGAUUGAGAUUAGCACUAGCUAAAACAAAAAUGAUUCAUCAGAAAACUUACUUGAACAUUGUGUAAGCCUCCGUCUGGGCAGGAGAAGCUAUAUUAGGAUCAUUUAAUAAAUCCUGAAUUCCUAGUAAGAUCUGAAAUAGAUAUUAGCGAUGAGAUUUCAGAGCCAUAGUGGUUUAAAUAAUCAUACCUGUUUAAU